AUGGCCCACGAAGGGCUUUGGCCACGAGAGUACAAUCGUGCCGGGGAAGCAGGCGUCCGGACACUUGCAGCAGAUGAUGCACUGCCGAGAAAAUCGGGCCGCGGGGGAGAGGCGCCAGCGGCGGGCAGCAGCGGCAACGGCAGCUACCACCUGGACCUACUGUUUGAGGCCCCAAUGGACAACAACAACAACAACAACAACACUCGGCAGCAGCAGGGCACAAGAAGAGAGCACUGCUCCUCGUUGUCAGCUUUCGACUUCGUAUGCUCCAGCAGCGGCACAACGGCGGAGGAGGGGGGAGAGGGGGUCGGGUUCGACCGCGUUUGCGCCCUUCGCGGCGAGGUGGUCCACAUCUUUACCUUCUUUCAUGCAGGCGCCGAGGAGGUCGGCGGCAGCAGCAGCGGGGAGGGCGCUACUGCGGCCGCAGGCGAGUCGUCGUCCGUGUCUCUGGAGCUCGGGCACCCGGCGGAGUGCGGGGCGUGGAACUCUACGGCGUCUUGCGUGGUGGUCGGCGACGCGUCGGGUAGACUUCACUUCGUCACCGCUGAGGGCACGCUUAUCUUCUCCCAGCCACUCCUGACCAACCUGGCUCGAGACGGCAGUAGCAGCGACGACCCCGAGUCCGGGGGUGAGACGACCGUCAAAUCCCCUCGUGCUUUCAGUUGCAUCAAGUUCGCAACGUCCACCGAUACCGGGGGAGCGGCGGCGGCGGCGGCAGCAGCAGCGGGCGAAACCGCGGACGGCUGCGGUCAGGAGUUGCUGGCGUUGUCAGCCUCCAUGCAACUCUACCACUUCGCCAACGUUCCCAUCGCAGCGAUCGAGGCGGCCUGCUUGGCCCAGGACGUAGGCGCCCUCAAGAAGCUGAGGGCCGGCAUCCGCGUCAGCGUCGCCGACGCCAGCGGCGACGAGGAGCCCCUCCCCUGCCCCUCGUCUCCGGAGCCUUCCUCCCGAGACAAACUCCCUAGGACGGCGUGCUUGCAGACCCUCCGGGGGGGGCGCAGCCGGGUGUUUUUGGUGUCGCGGGGGGGGGUCAGUGUCUGGGCCCGGGGGCCCGGAUGUAGCGUCGGUAGGCACCCUCGUCGUGGCGGCGGGGGGAUUGGAGCGGCCGCAGUUGAGGAGUGGGAAGAGAGGGGGGGGGGUGCGGGUGAAGAUGGCGAAGGCGGCAGCGAUGGGGGUGAAGGUGCUCCGAGCGCGCCCGCGGCGGCGGGGAAGCUGGUGAAGGUUGACGGGGUCCCCGCGGGGGAGCUUUUCGGCGGGGGGGGUGCUAUUUCGGCGGAGCUCUCGGCGGACGGCCGCUGGAUAAUCGCGGUUGACGACAGGGGAGGCCUAUCCUGGUGGAACUCUAGGUCCCUGCUCCGCCUCGGCCGCUGGUCCUGGCCCCACGGCGCCCCGUUCCACGUCACCGACUUUGUCGUGCUAGCUUCCAACCUUGUCGCCGCCGGCGACGGCGGCGGCAUCGGCCGCGCACCCGUGGGGGGCAGCGGCAACAACAACUCCCACGGCGAAGACCGGCGGCCGUGCUUGGCGUGCGUCUCCCGGGAGGGGGAGGUCCGCGUGCUGAGGCUGGGCGCGGGGGGAGCGGAGGAGCUGCACCGGGUACCGCCUGCAGCGGGGGCGGGGAUGCUUACCGUGCCGUCCCCGUCUCGGCACCAGUUCUUGCUGGUCACGAGCGACCCCGCCUCCCGAACGGCGGGUUUCCACCUCGUCAAGGAGGCGGUGCCGCGCCACCGGCUGCAGGCGUUGUUGGCCCGGGGGGACUUCGACAGGGCGCUGGAGCUCGCCAGGGCUAACUGCAUGGACGAGACCGGUGUCCACGCCGCUCGCCUGCUGGCGCUGUUGAGGGGAGCGGGGGUUGCGGCCUCGGCCUCGGGCGAUGGCAAGGGAGAUGCCGCGGUGGCCGGCCCGGGUCUGAGCCCGCGGUUUUUCGAGGACGCUAGAGCGCUGUUGGACAGGCUGGACAGCCCCGGCGUGCUCGGUCGGGCCUGCGAGGCCGCCGUCCGGGCCGUCCUGCCUUCCCUCGCGGACGUCAGGAAGCUUCUAGAGGUGGUGGAGAACCGUUUGCGAUCAUUCGACACGGCGGGCGCCAGGGUCCGCAACAUGAUGCUCGAGCGCCUGACGGCGGUCCUCUCGCGGCUCCGCACCUUCGAGCUCAUCGAGGGCGGCCGCAAGUCGACCCUGCUGGCGUCCGCCACGGCUGCCUCCGCCGCCGCCGCCACCGCCGCCGCCGCUGCCUCGGAGCUGGGGGUCGUAGUACUUCCAUCGGGUCCGCUGAUUCGUCCACCCGGCGGCGACGACGACAAUCACGCAGAAGACGGCGAUGGGGAAUCUGUCGUUACCGGCGGCGGCGGCGGGAAGGAGAACCAGGGUUGUGGGCGUGACGGGGCCGGGGACGGGGAUGACCACGACGACAACGGCGGGGGCGAGGAUCGGCGACGCCGAAUUGUCGGAGGUCGAGCGCUGGCUGCAGUUCCGCACCGCCGAUCUGGUUUCCUUCGUGGGAGGCGCGCUUCAGGCCGGGGACAUCCAGGCCGCUGCCGUUACCUGGCGGCGGCACGGCCGCACCGAUCGCUGGGGCCGGUCGAGCGGCGGCGGGGAGCGGCGGCGGGGGGCGGGGGCGGCGGCGGUGAGGAUGGGGGCCGGCGGAUGGGGGUGGCUCUGCCCGGGCAGCUGGCCAGCGUCCCGGCGGGCGCCCCGCCGCUGCUGCUCGGAGGGUGGCUCAGGGACGAGGUGCUGCCGUGGCUGGAUGCGGUCGAGGUGGUCGCGGUCCGCAGCUGGGCCGUGGACCACGCGCGAGAGGUGGAGUCUCUCGAAAAGCGCCCCCAUGGCGCCCUACUAUUCGCCAGGGCCGUCGCUCAGGGGUCGGGCCGCGUCCUCGGUUCUGCGGCGGGACUGCUGGCGAUUCAUUCGGCCGAGCUGGCGGCGGCGGAGGCUGAGGCGGCGGCCAGGAGGACCGGCCCGUCCGACCACUGGAAGCGCUGGAAGCCGGACGGGCUGGAUGCCUUGGGGAAGACUCUUGACGACCUGACCCACGCCUGGGACGUGCACCGGCUCCGCCUGCCUCUGUCGACCUUCGAGAGGCUGCCGAGGGACGUCGUUCUGUUCCGCGUGCUGGAUAGGGUGCAGAGUCCGGAUUGGCUCCCCGAGGAGAUUAACCACCACGUCCUCCCUCUCGCCAAGCGCUACGGCUUGGACCCGGAUUCGGUUCUGCUGGACUACAUGCGUAUAUGCGCUGAGACCAUGGUGACCCGCCGCCGAGCACACAACAACACCUCCUCCGGGAGUUCCGCCGCUACCGCCGCCGCCACCGCCCCCGGUCCCGGCGGGGCCAACGGGGCGAGUGGUCUGACUACCGAGCAGCGAGCGGUGGCCGUUGCCCGGUGCAUGUCACCCGGUGAAGGGUGUCGCUCGGAGCUCCGGUCGAGGGCGGUGCUGGCGCUCGCAAACGCGGCCUCUUUUCCAUUCUCGGAGGGGCUCCGCGAUCUGGUGCAGGAGGCGCUGUCGUGGGGUGGGGCGCUGGACGCAGAGCUGCGCCGCGCGGCGACGACGCUGAGCCUGUCCCAGAUCGUGCAGCGGCAUGUGCUGGCGCAGGUGCAGUGUCCGACUGCCCUGGACGAUGGUCUGCAGGUCGCCCACGCGUACAGCCACCUCAGCGAGACCAACGUCUACGUGGAGUUCCUGGAGAACCUCGCCGGAUCGUACGCAGGGCGAGGCUCCGCCGACCCCGACCCAACAGCCGCGAACGGUAACGACGGCGGCGGCGGCGGCGGCAGUGGCAUCAUCUCCGAGAUCUCCGGAAAGGCGGGCCCAGGGCGCGGCCGUAGUUGUGGUGGUGGCAGCCUGGCCGCUGACUUGGCGGCGCAUCGGGUUCGGGUUGCGGGUGUGCUGCAUCGGCUGCCGGCGGGUGACGCCAGGCGCGUAGCGGAAGAAGUCCUCCUGUACCUCGUCCGCCUCCUCGAAGACCUGGAGCUCGACGCCGGCGCCGCCGGUCUCAAGCCCGGGCAGCUGUGGGGAUGCAAGGCCAUCUCGGCGGCAGAGGAAAACGGCACCGCUGCCGCCUUCGCCGCGGAGAACGCGGUGGUGGUUCUCGAGCCAGGGUCGGACGCCGAGGAGGCGGCGCUUGUUGCCUCGGCCGCGGCUGCGGUGGUGGCCUUCCUGCGGGAGAUGCAGCAGCGGAGCGGCGGCGGCGGCGGCGGCGGCGGCGCGGGUGACUGGGAGAAGCUCGGCAACCUCGCGACAAUGGCUAGCGACCUGCGGAGGGUGUCCGCGCUGCAGACGGAGUUCGGCGCGUUCACGUCUCUCAAGACGCUCAACAAUCCCCGGGGUCGCGCGUGCUGGAACACGAUGAGGGAGGGGCUGGUCACCCUCGAGGAGUACCUUCACGGAGACAACAAGGCCGGGAGCGUACCGAGUGCCGGUAGCAAGGGAAAGAAGACCGCUGCUGCCGCGCCUGCUUCCCGCGGCGCUAAGAAAGGUGGCGGACCCGGUGGAAGUAGCAGCUCUCGCAAGGCGACGGCUAGCGCUCUCCCACGUUUGUUGCACAGGGCGCGACGUCUGUCAGAGCUGCUGGGCGUGGCCUGGACCAGCGUGGUGAGCCACCUCGCCAACGAGGCCGCGACCAGGGGAAAGGUGCCCCAGGCGGUGGGGCUGUGCCACAUGCUGUUCCGCGACCAGGCCGCCACGGACGAGAGGGCCGCCGCGCUCGCCCUCAGGGAUACCGCCAAGGCGCUGUCCACUUUCGUUGCCAACCAGGCUCACAUGGGUGCUCUGCGGGCGGAUGAUCUGGAGGGUGAAAGGGCUCGGACGGCCGUCCUGCAGGCCAUGGCCCAGUCGGUGAGGGGUUUGAGGCAGAGCGCCGUCCUCUGCGCGUCGGAGGAGCUGCCCCUCACGUUGGACCUUCUGCAGGCCUCGGAGACCGUCGCUGCCGUGCUGUGCAGGUGUGAGGGGGGCGACAAGCUGGAGGCCCUCAUGGUGGCAGACCUGUCCCCUCCGUCGUUGGAUGCGUCCAAGUCUCGGUAUUCCGUCGCCGAAGGUCUCGGUAGCAAGAUCGGCGGAAGCGGGGGGAGGGCCGCCGGCGCCUUAUCUCUGUCACGGUCGGAGGAGGAGGAGAUGGAGGAGUGGGGGGGUUAUCACGCUCUCGGGGGGCUCUACAAGUGGUACCCCGGGGAUGGGCGGGUUCUUCCCCUGGAGGAGGCCCUGAAGCUGGUGUCCGUGUUCGUGAGGCAGGAGAUGAGGCUGAGGGUGGCGUUGGUCAGCGGGGACGCUGUCGCGGCGUCCCCGGUUUCCUUGGCAGGAGUUCCAUCUACCACCGAGGCGUUGUUGUCCUCGCGGUGGGAGGCGGGGCUGGAGAGCGCGGCGUCCCCCCUCCUGUCCUUCCUCCAGGGGAUGGGGGCCCAGCACCUGUGCGUGAGGGUGGUCGCCGGCAUGAUGGCGAUUCCCCCUCCCUCAGCGGUGGAGGUGCUUGGUGAUGCUUUCUCGGGGUUGGCGGACAAGGUGAUGGAGUUCAACCACAUCGACUGCCCGCUGGCGAUCGGCUACAUGCUGGCCAUGCCCACGAGACAAGCGUACGACACCUUCCGACGGAUCAUACGCUACUCCAGCGACGACUACGGAAGGUUGCGCGUCCUGGCGGGAGUCGGCAUGUACGCGGCCCGCGCCUGGGACAACCACGACCUCCUGCACCAGUGCAUGGAGGUGGAGCGGGACUCGCACUGGUGGCACGUGCUCACGAGCCUCGGCAUCGCCUUCGACAACCGGGGCUUCUCGAGGGCGGACAGGUCGCAGGUGCCGGGGGAGUACCAGAAGUCGCUCGUGCCGGCGUUGCUGGAGAGGUCGGGGUGCGACCUCGGCCUCGCCCUGGAGUUCUGCGAGCGCUACGGCGUGGGGGAGGCGUUCCCGUGCCUGCUCUACGUGGACAACCAGCUCGGGCUGCCGUGUGUUUCCCCGCAUGACGUGUCCUAUCAGGAGAGAAUCACGGAGGUGCUGCCGUCGGUGCACGGUGUGUUUUUGUCGAGGAUGCUAAGGCACAUGCUGGAAACCCCGGGGAUGAUCUGCGACCGGGACUACGAGCGCCUCGCCUUCGUGUACGGCACUCUCCUGUCGGACAAGUGCCAGGAAGAGGAGGAGGACUCCGAAGAAGAGGUGAAGCGCCUGGAGGACAGCCUCGAGGCUCUCGCCAUCCUCAAGGACUACACCAGCCCCUGGCCGCUCGACGUCGAAGGGCGGCCGGUGGCGGCGGUUGCUGAAGGAGGCGAGGCGGGGGCAAGGGGCGGGGGGCGUGGAGAGGUGGAUGUUCGAUCAUCCACGGCGCCCCCGACUACCGUCGGGAGUCCCGCGAGCGAGGUCUACGCGAGGAGGCUCCCGUUCAUGGCGCUGGUGAAGGAUCCCUGGGCUGUACUCGAGGUGCAACUGAGGCCAGAUUCGGUGUCCAAUCUCGUGCCUCUGGCAGACCCGCUGGGACUGGGCGUCGGGGAGUUCUACUCCCGCCUUGUGGCAGGCAUGCUCGACAAGGGGACGCCGCUCGGGGACGGGGGCGGCGCCUCCCCCCCCGGACCGGUGCCCACGUUCUCGACUCUGCAGCCGUGGCUCGAGAAGAUCAAGAACCCGGCUCUGGCUUGCACCACGGCGCAGAGGGUGGCGGCGAGCAUGACGAGGGACGAGGAUCGUCUGGAAGCCCUGCAGGCAGCCAUCGGACACGCCAUCACGGCGGCCGGAUCGCUCGACGACGAGGAGCAGGAGCAGGACGAGCAGCACCCCGAAAGCAGACCCCGGCCUUCGUUGACGCUGCUCCCUCUGCCGUCGCUAGCUGCAGAGAGCACCGCCGACAACAACAAUCAGGACCCCGCGACCAAGGCGGGCGCCAGGGCCGAAGUCGAAGAGGAGAUGGAGGAGGGAGGGGGAGAGGUGGAGGCCGAGGUCGUCGUAGACCGUCUCCAGCGGAGGGCGCUGCGGCUGGAGCACCUCAUGACUGCCAAGGCUUGCGUCGGGGCCGACAUGGCGGAGCGCCUGUCACCGUUCCUGCUGUCCGGCUCAACGGAACUCCUAGCGGAACUCCUCGUCGUGGCCGCAAAGGGCGCCGCCGACGCCGCUCUCGCUCUCCCCCCCACCUCCGGGGAAGGGCGUCAUACCCAUUCAGCGGCCACCGAGUGGAUGGCCACGACGGCGACGACGGGGGGGGGGGGGAGUUCCUCCAUCUCUACGGCGGCGGAGGCGUUCGCAGAAGCAGGCGGCGGGGGAGGAAACAUGUCAGACUUCCGCAGGCGGGCCACCGGCGCGCUCCAGGCGGCGAGGUCUGUGGCCGACCAGCGCGGCAUGGACCCCCACGACGUCGAGACCAUCAUCUUCCGGCUGGCCAAGAACUGGAUCUGCCAGCACAAGCUCGGCGGGGGGGCGGGUAGUACGAGCGGACAUGGCGGGGCCCCCGCCGCCGUGGCGGGAGAGAGAGACGCCGGGAUGUUUGUCGGCGCUGGGUUGGUCGGCGGCGGCGGCGGCGGCGGCGGCGGCGGGGAGUCCGUGUUCGUCAAGGGUGCUCGCGAGGAGAGAAUGCUGGAGGAUGCCACGCUGGCCCUGCGGGCGGCCUUCGUGCUGACGGUAACCUUCUCGGACGAUGCGGUGGACGGGGACACGAGCGUGUGCGACUCGAUCGCCUUCAUGGACCUCAAGUCGCGAAUUUCGGUUCUGCUGUCCAUUGCCAAGGACGGCCGCAGGGACGGCCGCUCAAACAGGGUAAAGUUCCGAGCCAGGCUUCGCGCCCUGCUGGCGCUCUCCGCGCUGGCACCGCCCACCCUUGUCGCUGAGGUCAUGGCGAGCGACAAGGAGAAGGAAGGGUGGGAUGCCCAGGGGGAGGGGCUAUCCUCGCUCUCAGACUUCCGCAGGAACGUUGGCUACAUGUCGGAGCUGGAGGAGGCGAGGCUGCCGCACAAGCUUGAAGAAGUCGCUUCGUGCCCAGCGGAAGACAUCGUAAGGGCCUUGAGGAGAGACCACAGGGGAGAGCGCAGCCUGAUCCCUCUCAUGUGCGACAUGCUCCUAGACGCACGGUCCGGGGACGUGGGGCUGUGGUCCCCUAUCCUGGCCGACGCCUGCAGGCACGACGAACUCCGUCGAGUCCUCAUCAUGAGGGUGUUCCCGCGCGUCGUCCGAUCCUCGGUGGCGGAGGCGUUCGCCAGGAGCGGGGCGACGCUGGCUGCUUCGUGGGAGGAGGCCCUCCGGUCCCCGCUGGAAGAGCUCGUGGCUCGCCAAGAACGCCGCCGAAGGAAGGAGGCCGCCGCCGCUACCCGCGGGGCCCCCGGGGGUGCCACCGCCGCUGCCGCGUUCCCGGGGGCGUCGUCGACAUCGUUCGGGGCGUCUCUGUUCGCCAUGACCAGUGGUCGAAACGGCGGCGCCGGCGGUGGGGCGUUGGGUCGUGGGGGUAGUGGGGGUAGUGGGGUCACGGCGGGGCAGGCGCCGGCGCCGGCGCAGGCGGGUGGCGGGGGUGGAAAUGGGGAGCGUCCCCACGAGGACGUGAAUGCGGUCGUGGAACAGGUGGUUCUGCUGCUUGGAGCGUGUCCCUUCCCGGAGCGGAUGAACCUCAAGUGGUUCUACUCCACCUUGGCAGACCUCGGUCCCCGCUUCCACGCCCAGGCCGUGCAGAUAGCGCUGGGCGUACCGGGACCCGUGCCUCGCACCGCCGCCGUCUUAGAUUUGCUAGAGCAGCCCGGCAACGGCGGCGGCGGCGGGGGCGGCGGCGGGGGCGGGGUGGCCUUGAACGUGGUUCUCGACGAGCUACGGCCGGUGGCGGCGGGCGGCGGGAGCGGUGUGUGGGGCGGCACGGCGAACCAGGUGAUCCUGGAAGCCAUUUUCGUGUGGAUCGACGAGCGCCGGGGGUGGGCCGAGCUUCGCGGGACAAGGCACUUCGAUGCCAUGGUCAGCACGCUCGUGCGCGCCGGGCGCGCGCGCGGCAUGGUGGCCGCUUCCCUCGCCGCCGGAAAACGCCAGGAGGCCUACGGCCUGUGCCAAAUGCAUUAUGCCACUGCCGCCGCCGUCGUUGCUACCGGCUUCGAGCAUGGCAGGCGUGGUGGGGCGGCCGCCGCCGCCGCCGCCGCCGCCGACACCGGCGGAGGCUCUAGGAACUCCCUCGAGAGGUUUGCCAAGGAGUUCGGCCUGAACUUGCCGCCGGUCUAG